CACACAUUCCUUUUGUCCAAGAUGGCGGCGUUGUUGCAGGUCCACUGAUGCUCAUUUGUUUUUUAAUGUAUUUCCCAUUUAUUUUGGAUUAUAUGCAGUCGCUUGAUGAUACAAGAGUUUGUGUAACGUCUCGGAAGCCGUCGUUUCUUUGUAAUCUCUGCACGUUGAGGAAUUAGCUUCACAGACCGGAUUCGGUUUGCACACACUGAAAAGUUUGGGCUCCAUCAUAGGAGGAUGAAGCGACAGGCCGGGAGAGAUACCAGUCCUAGCCGGGCUCUAGCGAAACGAAUACGGGAAAGAGAGAGGGAACGAGACGGAGCACGCAGGGAGGACCUUCCGCCACCGCGCAUGGCUCUGCUGGCCGAGAGUCGAAGCUACCUUAAGCACAAGGCCCGGAGCAGAGAGCGAGAGAAGCCUCGGUUGAGAGAGGAACGCGCGGCCGGCGUAGAAAUUCACCACAGACCACCGCACCACGAGCUCGGUCUAAUCAGCCGCCCACCUCUACGGACUUCAACCGCACUUCCCAAACCCGAGCUUCCGAGUACACGAGGAGCGGGUAACCUGGAAUACAAAACAUUACUCAUUAGUAAUCUAGGCUCGCAGGUCUCCGACGAAGAUGUGGAGGAUGGGUUAUUUCACGAGUUUAAAAAGUUCGGAGACGUGAGUGUGAAGCUUUCGCAUACUCCGGAACUUGGCCGUGUAGCCUACGUAAAUUUCAGGCAUCCGGAAGAUGCUAAAGAAGCGAGGCACGCCAAAUCCACCAGGUUAGUUCUGUACGACCGGCCCCUGAAGGUAGAGCCUAUGUAUGUCAGACGCCGCAGCUGCACGCCUCCCGACGUCGGUUACCUACCCCUUCAUGCCCCGCCUUACCCCUACAGACAGCGCUCCCUCUCUCCCCCCGGGCCAGCGAGUAGCCUCCGCGACAUUCGGCCCAGGCACUACCCCGUUGAGGGUCCGGGGCUGAGCAGGGAGAGGGAGAGGAUAUUAGACUAUUAUGGGAUGUUGGAUGAGAGGGGGCGGCCAUACGGAUUCCCCAUGCCAGUGGUGGAGGACUUAAAGCCAGAGGACGACCAGAGAGCGACCAGUAACCUUUUCAUCGGAAACCUGGAUCACAACGUCACAGAGGGCGAGCUAAGGAGGGGCUUCGACAAGUACGGCAUCAUCGAGGACGUGGUGAUCAAACGGCCCGCGCGCGGCCAGGGCGGAGCCUACGCCUUCCUCAAGUUCCAGAACCUGGACAUGGCCCACAGGGCAAAGGUCGCCAUGCAGGGCCGGGUCAUCGGAGGCAACCCGGUGAAGAUUGGCUAUGGCAAGGCCAACCCGACCACGCGACUCUGGGUGGGCGGGCUAGGCCCUGGGAACUCCCUGGCGGCGUUGGCGAGGGAAUUCGACCGCUUCGGAAGCAUCCGGAACAUCGACUACGUGAAGGGGGACAGCUUUGCCUACAUCCAGUACGAGAGCCUGGAUGCCUCCCAGGCCGCCUGCACCCAGAUGAGGGGCUUCCCCCUGGGGGGCCCGGAACGCAGGCUCAGGGUGGACUUUGCCAAGGUGGAGGAGACCCGCACCUACCCCCAGGGCUACCAGCCUCCCGUGCCUCUGCCGGCCCACUUUGACCUGCUGCCGGAGGGCUACGGAGGGCACCACCGCAGCCUGGAGAGAGAGCUGCGUCCCAGAGAGCGCUCCUCGCGCUCGCCCCGCUCCCCGCCCAGCCACGCCCUCAGGGAGAGGGAGAGGGUGCUGGAGAGGCUGGACAGAGACUUCCCCUCCAGCCCCACCCGCAGUCUGGAGCGCCGGGGCCCCGCGGAGGCCUUCGGAGGGGGAGGGAGGGGAGGCCGGGGGAGGAGCAGGAGCAGGGAGCGCUGGAUGAAGGAGAGGGAGGUCGAACGAGCGGGGGCCGGAGGAGGAGGAGGAGGGGAGAGGUGCAAGAGGAGGAGCCGGAGCAGGAGUCUGUCCGAAGAGAGGCAGACGGAGGAGAGAGAGAGGGGGAGGUCGAAGGUCAGAGGGGGAGGAGUCCCCGUGGGCCCCAUCUCCCCCGAGGCCAGCCCAGACAGAGCCCGGGUGAGAGCUCCCGACUCCACCACCGAGCCCCAACGCGACCACACCCCCGACAGCGGGCGCCACUCCACCGAGGACGGCGGCGCCGCUCCGGAGACCUCGGGCCGCCACAAGAGGUCUGCAGACGCCGACCGCCACAACAACCACUACCAGCAGCACUCGCACCGCUCCAGUAUCGAGUCCCAGGCUGACCCCCGCACCCCCGGCUCGCUGUCCGAGUAUGCCCAGGCCCUUUCCAAGGCCUGGCAGGGCUUCUUUGCCCUGAAGAACAGCAGCUUCCCCACCUCCAUGUUCCUCCUGGAGGGGGGGAAGGCCUUCCUCUCCUCAGCCCUGAGGGACAACCAGGGAGGAGGGGGCAAGCUGGCCCAGCUGAAGAUAGCCCAGCGCCUUCGCAUGGACCAGACCAGGCUGGACGAGGUCACACGCAGGGUCAAAAUGGGCGGGCCCGAGGGAUACGCCGUCCUAUUGGCCCUUCAGGGCCCCAUCGACAGAGAAGCCCCGCCCCCAGAGCCGGGGCUGCAGGUGCGGUUGCUGCGCCACCUGGUGACCUACCUGAGGAACAAGGAAGCUGCUGGCGUCAUCAGCCUUCCUGUGGGAGGGGCUAAGGAAGCGGGGGGUGGAGCUAUGCUCUACGCCUUCCCUCCGGGCGAGUUUUCCCAGCAGUACUUGCAAACAGCCAAAAGGACUGUGGGUAACCUGGACGAGGAGCAUCUGGUCAUAGUGGUGGUCAGCGACUCCAACUGAGACUGUCACACUCAACUCCACAGGAAGGGGGCGCUGCAGCAGGAGUAGGGUGACAUGGUGGAACCGAGGAUGACUGUUAGUGGAGAAACAAAGGAAUGCAUGUCAGCCUAUCUCACUGCCUGCUUGCUCCUCUGAACUCUCUCUUCACUCCACUGCCUCCCUCCGCCAUGCUCACACUACCAAGAAGAAACACACUAAAUGCACCCUGGGAAACGGAGUGCUAAAGGGGGGGGUCUUAAGUUUGAAUUUACAAAGGAGGAAUGGAAAUGUAGUCCUACGUAGAGACCGAAUUGUUUUAUAACUGAAACACGACAACCGAGGGAUUGUUUUUGUUGUUCUGUUUUUACUCUUUGUUGUUGUUUGUUGUUUUGUAUGAACCUGAAUUGACCAAGCUGAUCUGUCUCACACUAAGCGGUCCGUAAGCCCCACGGUGAAUGAUUGGAUGUUUGACUUUGUUUUUAUUGAACCAUUCCAGAAGUUCUCUUUUUUGAGUGUUUUUAGAAGCUGACGUUGCAUGCAAGAUGGACGAGCUUGGUUCGUUCUUUGCCAGAAACAUCCACUCAGUCCUGGAGGCUUGUUCAUUUGACGUUGAAUUGAAGCAGUUGUCAUUGAAGAUGUUGUAUUAGCUACUUUAAAUGUUCUUUAUUCUCCAAAUCUAAAUCAUUACAGCUGUCCUUGUUAUCAGAAACCUAUAUCAUUUUAAUCGACCUUUUAUUCAUCCAUCCAUCGAUCCAUCCAACUUCCCAUCCAUCAGUCCAUCCAUCCCAUAGUGAACAUGGCGGGCAGUUGCCCGGUCAUGUGACAUGUGUGAUUUCUGACAAGACUACUGGUCAAGGGCAGGGCUGAGCAACCAUGUUCCUGGACAGCUCCUCUGUAGGUGAGGUGUUUCCGACGGGGUUGACCAGAACACCUUGAGGGGCGUCUCUCCAGGAGCAGGGUUGGACGGCUCUGAUCGAGGCUGUCUCUACCUCCUAGAAAGAUUUGUGGCGUUGCCGUGGUUACGUAACUGACUUUCGGCACAGCCUGUUCCCGGCGUGGACUCUGGCGUCUCCUCCUCCGAGGCCUGUGUGUCCCUCCGUCAACUGUCUUCUUCACGGCCGCAACGCCGGAACUCAUCGUUUGGAAACCGGUUUUUAUUCAAGUGCAUUUCCCCAAUGUUUGUUUAAACCCUUUGUACCUAUUUAUUAUACAGUGCUUGUCUCAAAACACUCCAAUGCAAUCCAUGCCCUGCACAUGUUCUUAAUAAUUUUGUGAUCCAAGACAGUAAAAAUACUCUAACCCACCAAAUGGGAGCAAUAGAACGGUUUACUAGAUGUCACAUUGUGGUUGACGCUUGCUCACACAUUUGCCAAGUGUGUAGACUAGACACUACCGGUGUGCUGGUGUGACUUUAAACACUUACAGUUCAAAUGUUUUGUUAUUGUAACCCCUGUAGAUUGGACUGAGCAAAGAUGGCGACAACACGAGAAUGAGUAGGUUACUACUUGACAAUCGGUUUGAAACAUGAAACUCUCCCCUUGUUAUUCUUUGGCUCUGUCUACAUGUGAACAUGUAUUCUGUAUGAAUUAUGUAAUAAAACAUUUUAUGAUCGUUUUU